UUGUGUGCAGCAGCAGCAGCAGCAGCUCCGUCCCUGUUUGUUUGUUGUGUUUUUGUGGCUUUUUCCUACAAAAAAACUUCUCCUCGGUGCCGUUUUACUGGAAGCAAUUGUGCAAUAAGCAGGUGGCAAGCGGGCGGUACACCCUUCGCCGGCGGAAAAUCAACAGCAAUGUGCUGAUGGUGCAGGCAAAAACGGACACACGGCAGUACGAAGAGUAACACUGUCCCCGGAUGCUUGAGGAGGGAACGACGCCACCGCCACCACCACCGCUGCAAGUGGGGAUGAACAUCGCUAAUGGGCCGGCUGCAACGGCGGAGCGGCAACUUUGCCGGCUGUGCUUGGGACGGGACGGGGAGCUGGUGGACAUUUUCGCGGCCCAGCAGCAGACGCCACACAGCGGAGAGUCACUGGCCGGGCGGAUACAGGGCUGUCUGCAGCUGGAUGUCACACAGCACGAUACGCUGCCGAGAUGGAUCUGCAAGCCGUGUCUGGAGAAGGUGGACGACUUUGCCGCCUUCCGGGAGCGCUGCAAGCAAAACGAACGGAAGCUACUGCUCGGGGAGGAAGACAUACUGCACACGAAGGAUGGUCCGACAGUGGGACCGACUGGCGAGCAAACAGAGGAGGAAGAGGACGACGAUGAGGAUGAGGAGAUGGAAAUGAUUGUAAUUGAUCCAUCGCGGGACUAUGAAAGCUCGAACGAUAGCCUGCCGCAUCGUUUCGAGCCGAGUGGUGUGGUAAAUGGUGGCGAUCCGGCAGCAGCACUACAGCCCGAACCGCACGCCGAAGAGGAAGAGCCCGAAGGCUCCGACGCUGAAGAAGGCGACGAGGAGGAAGAAGAGGAGGAGGAAGACGAACUGAAAUGUGAUACAGCGCCGGGUGGGACAGCGCCGAACGGGCUGCCGGACACCAGCUUCCACACGGCAGCGUCGAACACGGCGCCCCAAAAAACGGUCGUCUUCACCUGCAAGUACUGUGACGUGGCGUUCGCAGCCGCAUCCGCCUGCCAGCUGCACGAGAUGCAGGAUCACGAUCUGCUCGCACCGUACGCGUGCAUCUUCUGCCAGUACAAAACCUCCAUCCGGAUGUUUCUCAUUACGCACAUACGGGAUUCGCACGCGGUCACCCGGCCCUAUAUUUGUAUCCAGUGCAAUAAGGGCUUUUUGCGGCGGUCCGACCUGAAGAAGCACACGUUCGUGCAUACGGGCGUGCGGCCGUACGCGUGCGACCAGUGCGGUAAGAGCUUUUCGCGCAACACGAAUCUCAAGAAGCACAUGCGCACCCACCUCGGGGUGAAGCCGCACGGGUGCGAUCUGUGCCCGCGAUCGUUCGCGAACAAGGCGGAUCUGAUACGCCACCGGAGCUUCCAUCAUGCACAGGAAACGCAGCACGCGUGCAUACGGUGCGGUGCGGUGUACACGCAGAAGGACAAGCUGUACGAUCACGAGCGGUACUGUAUGGGGAAACCGUUGCCGUUCGGGAUGGGUGAGAUGGUGAAGCAGGAAGCACCAGCACCAUUUGGGUUGAGUGUAGCUGCUCCCGUACCACCACCACAACCAGCGCAACUGCUGCAAGCCUCCGAACCGAUUGUAAGCGAACAACCGCCAAGUUACGUUCCCGUACAGCCUGUAGCCGCACCACCUGUAGCAGUGACACCACCGUCGAGCAAAAUCUACAGCUGCACCAAGUGCCCGAAACGGUUCCUCAGCAAGGCGAGCCUGCGCGCACAUCAGGCCAUCCACCCGGCCGAGGUAGACGCGCGCCCGUACGAGUGUCCCGUGUGCCGGAAGCAAAUCGUCGGCAAGCGCGAGUACGAUCGGCACCAGCAAACGCACAGCGAGCUGAAACCGUUCGGCUGUGGUACGUGCGGGAAGCGGUUUUCGCGGCGGGACAAGCUGCACCGGCACGAGCGCAUCCAUCAGCAGGCGGAGCGACACUUCACCUGCCCCACCUGUGCGGCCCGGUUCGUGCGGAAGGAUGCUUACGAGUCGCAUCUUAAGGUGCACUGCGCACCGCUGUACGGUGCGGUGCAGGAGAUGGCGAUGCCAACGAUGCAACAACAGCCCCAGCAACAGCCACCAUCACAACAACAUUCCCUGCUGUACUCGAUGAUGGGUGGCGAUGAUGGGGCGCUGCUGGGGGUCGACCCGUCGCUUCGGAUGUAAAGUGUUGGGCAUACUGCUCUUCAUUGUAUAGUUAAAAUACUCUCCUCCCCUUCACUUACAUUUAGGCAAGUUAGAAUACUUAUUAAACUUAUUGGUUAGCGAUUAGAAGAUCCGAUUUUAAGAGGGAAAGCAGCAGUAAAUGGGGAAGUUAUCUUUUAAAACGCUGUUGAAAGCAAAAGGCAAAGUGUGUACGCUACUAACAUACAAGUAUAGAUAAUGGAUUUUCAAACACUCCAGUCAAUGGCCAAGACUCUUCGAUCUUAAGCUCGUCUAAACUAACUAACUUCCCUUUAAUUGUGUAUAGUGUAAUCCUUUUUAAACCCCUGCGCGCCAUAGUGGUCUCUCGGUAACGUUUAGCGUAUAUUUAUAAAUGUUUUAUUUAUGUAUAGAUACUACGUUUAGCACAGGGACACACUUCGCCCUGCCUCCGCUACUCUUCACAGAUCUCGCGGACAGGUGUAGCGUAACAACUUACAACAAAAACCAACUAGACUAAUUGCGAUUGAUGUGUAAGCAAAAUCCUCUAUUUACACCACACCACCUGUGUUUCAUCACGGUUAAAAAGGAACAAAAAAAUACAUAAUUAAAUCACAGUAAGAGCAAAAAA